AGGAGCAGCGGCAGGAGGGUCGCAGGGCGAGCCCGCAGCUCGGCCGGCCCCGGCAGCACCGCAUUGCCCCGCAUCCCGCAGGAUUUCCCUUUCCCAAGCCUUAUCUGGAUGGAGGAGGAGGCUGCGAGGAAGAGGAAGAUGCCCCGGGACAGCCAGGCAGAGCAGGAGCUGAGGAUGGAGAGCAGGGAGGACAAAUCCCCACGGCAGAACCUCGGGGCAGAGGCUGUUUUGAGCAGCUCCACAGCACAGGAAUCCAACGGGGAGGAAAAUCCCCGGAGAUCCCACAGGAGGAGGGGCUGCAAAGCCAGCCCGGGGUGCUCUGAGGAGGAAAGACCCACCCUGGGCCAGGAAGGUGGGCAGAGAUCUGGCCAGGGCUCCCAGGUGGUGGCCCAUAAGGAGCCCCACGAUGGCAAGAAGCCCCACCAGUGCUUGGAGUGCGGGAAGAGCUUCAAGAUCAGCUCCCACCUGCACCGCCACCAGAUGAUCCACACCGGGGAACGGCCCUACGAGUGUGGGGAGUGUGGGAAGGGCUUCAGGGACACCUCUGACCUGAUCCGCCACCAGACCGUCCACACCGGGGAACGGCCCUACGAGUGUGGGGAGUGUGGGCAGAGCUUCAGCGUCAGCUCCCACCUGAUCGUGCACCAGAGGACCCACACCGGGGAGAGGCCCUACGAGUGCGGGGAGUGUGGGAAGAGCUUCACGCUGAGCUCCAGUUUGAUCCGCCACCAGAGGAUCCACACGGGUGAGCGGCCCUAUAAAUGUGCAGAGUGUGGGAAAGGCUUCACAAAGAGCUCCCACCUGAGCCGCCACCAGGUGACCCACAGCGGGAUACGACCCUACGUGUGCGGGGAGUGCGGGAAGGGCUUCCGUGACAGCUCUGACCUGAUCAUCCACCAGGCAAUGCACACUGGGGAUAGCCCCUACACCUGCUCAGAAUGCGGGAAGAGCUUCAGCCAGCGCUCCAGCCUGAUCGUCCACCAGAGGAGCCACACUGGGGAGAGGCCCUACAAGUGUGGGGAAUGUGGGAAAAGCUUCUGCCAGAGAGCCAGCCUGACGGUCCACCAGAGGAGCCACACUGGGGAGAGGCACCAUGAGUGUUCUGAGUGUGGGCAGAGAUCUGGCCAGGGCUCCGAGGUGGUGGCCCAUAAGGAGCCCCACGAUGGCAAGAAGCCCCACCAGUGUUUGGAGUGCGGGAAGAGCUUCAAGAUCAGCUCCCACCUGCACCGCCACCAGAUGAUCCACACCGGGGAACGGCCCUACGAGUGUGGGGAGUGUGGGAAGGGCUUCAGGGACACCUCUGACCUGAUCCGCCACCAGACCGUCCACACCGGGGAACGGCCCUACGAGUGUGGGGAGUGUGGGCAGAGCUUCAGCGUCAGCUCCCACCUGAUCGUGCACCAGAGGACCCACACCGGGGAGAGGCCCUACGAGUGCGGGGAGUGUGGGAAGAGCUUCACGCUGAGCUCCAGUUUGAUCCGCCACCAGAGGAUCCACACGGGUGAGCGGCCCUAUAAAUGUGCAGAAUGUGGGAAAGGCUUCACAAAGAGCUCCCACCUGAGCCGCCACCAGGUGACCCACAGCGGGAUACGACCCUAUGUGUGUGGGGAGUGUGGGAAGGGCUUCCGUGACAGCUCUGACCUGAUCAUCCACCAGGCAAUGCACACUGGGGAUAGCCCCUACACCUGCUCAGAAUGCGGGAAGAGCUUCUGCCAGAGAGCCAGCCUGACGGUCCACCAGAGGAGCCACACUGGGGAGAGGCCCUACAAGUGUGGGGAAUGUGGGAAAAGCUUCUGCCAGAGAGCCAGCCUGACGGUCCACCAGAGGAGCCACACUGGGGAGAGGCACCAUGAGUGUUCUGAGUGUGGCGAGAGGUUUCAGAGCAGAUACCGCCUCCUCAAGCAUCAGCAGGUUCACUCAGCAUAGAGGCCCUGCCGCUGCCCCCACUGCAGGAAGGGCUUCAAGAAAAACUCCACUCUCGCCACCCACCAGUGACCCACGCUGGGGAGAGCCCCUAACAGAGUCCCAGGGGUGGGAAGAGCGUCUCCCAGAGCUCUGCAGCGACCCAACAGCAAGGGGGGCAGCAGUAAGGGAAGCCCUGCCAGUGCCCCGUGUGCGGGAGGAGCUUUGUGCGCUGCUCCAGCUCCAUCCCACAUGGGAUGACCCACAGUGGCCCUCGCUGGGCACAGACUUGGUGUUCCCUGGUGCUGGUGAUCCACUGGCUGCUGGUCUCCACAUCUUCCCGGCU